AUGAAUUGGCUGGAAUGGAUCCUUUCCCAUUUGCUUCUACGUGUUUCUGAGGGCAAUCGACCAGGUUUAGAUAAUUUCUGGCUCAACCAAGGCUCAUCUUUGUUGCUUAGUUUCACACAUAGUGCCCAGGAGGAAGUUCAAGAAAGGGCAGCCACGGCUCUUGCAACGUUUGUCGUCAUUGAUGAUGAAAAUGCUAGUAUAGAUACUGGAAGGUCCGAAGCAGUUAUGAGAGAUGGUGGCAUACACCUUCUCCUUAAUCUUGCUAGGUCAUGGCGGGAGGGUCUUCAGUCAGAAGCUGCUAAGGCCACAGCAAACCUGUCAUUGAGAAGCCUAGGCACAAGCAGAGGCGUGGCACCACUAAUAGCAUUGGCACGAUCAGAUGCCGAGGAUGUCCACGAGACUGCUGCAGGAGCUCUUUGGAAUCUUGCUUUUAAUCCUGGCAAUGCUCUUCGUAUUGUAGAGGAAGGAGGGGUUUCUACCCUAGUUCAUCUCUGUUCUUCUUCUGUAUCAAAAAUGGCACAUUCAUGUCUGCGUUGGCACUGGCUUACAUGUUUGAUGGAAGGUACCUGUACCUCUUCUUAA